AUAUUUAUAUUGAAAUUAUAAAUUUCAAAACAAUAAAUUUAAAUUAAAAUUCCACGACAACGUACUAUAUAUUAUUCUUAUACUUCGGUAUAAGAUCAUAGUGUAAUUUUGGUUUUUAUUUCUUAGUCAUGCUUUUUUUUUUUAGUCCUGAUAUUAUGCGUUUCAUUCACUACAAUAGUACUUUUCUUAUACAAUAUUUAUAUGCACCAAAGAUACAUAAACACGUUCAGUUUCUAUUAAAUUAACAUAAAAUGUUAAUUAAAAUCUUUGUAUUCACAGCAAUGAGAACGUCAGACUACCUUAUCUAUCUCACGGUGUAUUAAUCGAAGAUUAAGUUUACGUCGUUGUUUUGAUUUGUUUAGCAUAUUAUUAACGUGUGUAAAUUGUAAAGCUUGGUUAUGAAAAUGGUACUAGGAUAUAUAUCUUGUUUAACAAAUCUAUAUAUGAAUACUAUCAGAAUUUCUGACAUUAUCCAAGAGCAAACGUCAACCAACUCACAUAGGAUAUGACUAUGACUCACUUUUUGUUGCAAAGUCAUUGGCUCUUACGAGAUUCACACGUGGCCAUUUUAUGUGUUCAUAUGCAUGUAUAGCACAUACAUACACGCUUUCACAGUAAAUUGAUGUCAUGGAAGGUGUGUUGAUCGUGACAUAACUUUAUUGACGUAAAUAAUUUUUUUAUAUAAGUUUAGCUGAAAAACGAAUUAAAUAACAAAAAAAUAUAGAAAUGAUCGAAGAUGUAUGUACUCAAGUUACUACAUAAGAAUUACACCUGAUAAUGCAUAAAGUCGUAUUGUAAUAAUGAUCAACAUAACAUGCCAAUAGUUACUAUUUAUUAUUAAUGUGUAUUACUGAUAAAAAGUACCUUGACAUUCAAUAACGAAUAGUUAGUUCGAUAUUGAAUAAUUAAUUUUAGCUAUUACUUUUUACAUUAUCAUGUCCUUGAUUUCUACUCGUAGUCUCUACUACGCACCGUCGCAGGUAAUAUUAGGUACUCUCAGGUCUCUUAAAUAGCAAAACUUAAUUAAAUAACAAGUUUUUUAAUUCAGUCCCUAACAUGUUUUCGUAACUAUCAUUCGAAGGAAGUUCGUAAACGUACCAUUAAGACUAAGUUAAUUAAUAACCAAUUGUUAUUAAAAGCAGAUAAAAUUACAUAUUUAAUUUAUUAAUUGUCCAUAUAUUGAAGAUAUCAAAUGAAAUAAACUUAUGAUAACAUGAAUUUUGAUUUGCGAGCUAAAAGAAAAAGAUUGGAAAUCUACUGUAACGAAAAAAAAGUAAUGUCAUAAUUAUAUAAUCGCACAACGAUAUGAUAUGUUGCAAUUUCACUAUGAUUUUUAUUUGUACUUAUCCGUUACAGUUACAUGUGAAAACAGAUAAGAAAUUAGAUUUUCGUUAUAAUUAACCAUUUAUUUUUUUUUUUAUAAUUUUCUUAUGCAUAAAAUACAAACUGUUAAAAUAAAUUUACAGUUUAAGAGAAAACAACAGUAAGAAUAGAAGAAAAGAUAAUACAAAAGAGUAAGAAAUUAAUUACAGAAAAACAAUGCUUUUCGCAAUGGUAUUUUUCAAUGUAAACAUCCUAAAGGAAUAAAUGAAGAGAUUUAUGGUAUGACCAUAGACAUUAUAUUCUUUCUAUCGUUGGCUCGAUAGAAAGGAAUAGAAAAAUAUAAAGAAUUUGAGAUACUUUAUUGUUUUAUGGAGCUUAAUUCGCAAUUAUCUUCGGCCGACGUCCAGGUAUGUUUCUGCUUCGAAACCUUGCAUCUUUCCGAGGCUGUAAAAUAGUGACUGUGUCGAUCGUGAGUAUCGUGACGAUUAGUUCGAGUUAAACAGUUGAAGCGCACAGUGGGCUUUGGACGUUCCUUCCUCUUACUUCUGAUCGGGUUACGUUUCCGGGGAAAAUUUUGAUUUUCUACACUAAGCUUUGUUAAGGAAUUUUUCGUCAAAAUGAUGAAAAUGUCCACAGAGGAAAGCCUGCGCUUCAUCAGGCAAUCAUUGAAAUCGGAUGAAAUGGAUCAUCUUGAGGGUAUCCAUUUCGAUAGAUUGUACCCUCACGUGUUUGUUACCCUCGGAGCUUCUGGCGAUUUAGCGAGGAAGAAGAUCUAUCCAACGCUAUGGUGGCUGUUCAGAGACAAUCUUUUACCAAAACCCACCACAUUCGUCGGUUACGCGCGCACAAACCUGACUGUGGAUCAAUUAAGAGAAAAGUGUCAUCCAUACAUGAAAGUGAAACCAGAUGAGCAGGAGAAAUACGAGGAGUUUUGGAAACUGAAUCACUAUGUCGCUGGUACGUACGAUUCACAGAAAGGAUUUGAAGCGCUGAACAAUGAACUGAUGAAAUACGAACAAAACUAUCAAAUCACUCACAGACUGUUCUACCUGGCCUUGCCUCCGAGCGUUUUUGAAAGCGUAACUAUACAUAUUAGGAACGUUUGUAUGAGUAACAAAGGCUGGACCAGAGUGAUUAUAGAGAAACCAUUUGGUCGUGACACAGUUACGUCACAGUAUCUAUCCGAUCACCUAGCGUCGUUAUUUAAAGAAGAUCAGAUUUACCGUAUCGACCAUUAUCUAGGCAAAGAAAUGGUUCAAAAUCUGAUGACUCUGAGAUUUGGUAAUCGAGUAUUUGGUCCAACCUGGAACAGGGAUAACAUUGCUUCUGUACAAAUUACAUUUAAAGAACCGUUUGGUACGCAAGGAAGAGGCGGCUACUUCGAUGAAUUCGGUAUCAUUAGGGAUGUCAUGCAGAAUCAUUUGUUGCAAAUCCUAUCGUUGGUUGCGAUGGAGAAGCCGGUGUCUUGUCAUCCAGAUGACAUCCGAGAUGAGAAGGUAAAAGUGCUGAAGUGCAUAAAGUCUUUGGAAUUGGAGAAUGUUGUGUUAGGUCAAUACGUUGGUAAUCCUGAAUCGACUGAUCCUGAUGCUCGACUUGGUUAUUUGGAUGAUUCAACUGUACCGGCUGGUUCUAACACUCCCACAUUCGCUCUCGCCGUGUUAAGAAUUAAUAACGAGCGAUGGGACGGUGUUCCGUUUAUCCUCAAGUGUGGGAAAGCGUUAAAUGAACGAAAAGCAGAAGUUAGAAUACAAUAUCAGGAUGUAUCUGGUGAUAUAUUCGAUGGAAAAGCGAAGAGGAAUGAAUUGGUAAUUAGAGUACAACCAGGUGAAGCGUUGUAUAUUAAAAUGAUGACAAAGUCGCCUGGUAUCGCGUUCGACAUGGAGGAAACGGAGUUAGACCUUACGUAUGGUUACAGGUACAAGGGCCUGAAACUCCCGGACGCGUAUGAACGAUUAAUUUUGGACGUAUUUUGCGGCUCGCAAAUGCAUUUUGUACGUAACGAUGAACUUUCGGAAGCGUGGAGAAUUUUCACGCCUCUGCUUCAUCGAAUAGAAAAUGAAAAGAUCAAACCUGUUCCAUAUAGUUAUGGUUCACGAGGACCUAAAGAAGCCGAUGAAAUGGCAAAGACAAAUAACUUCAACUAUUACGGUUCUUACAAAUGGGCGAGACACUAAGAUUUUUGUAACAUUAGUACUGUAAAAUAUAUACAUAUACUAUACAGAUCGCAAAAAACUAUACCACAAAUCAUCAUCUGUAAUCAUUCCACAUAUCGUACAUUAAGGUAUGUACGGUAAUUUCCGAAAUUUUAUACGCACAUUGUAACUAAUUUAUGCAUUUAAUUUAUUAAGAAGUUGAAUUUAUCUAUUUUUUGAAGCAGCCUUUAAGUGUAAAAUAUAUUCUACUAGUUAAAGAGUGUGCAGAUAUUAUCAUAUGUAUUUGAAAGACUUCAAACAUAUGGUUAAUAUUUAUAUCAGAAGUACCUAUGAAUAAAAUGUGAUUGUUUCAUUUUUAAACAUAUAUCAUUCCAGGAAACAAUUUAUAGUAGAUAUAUAAUGUUAUAUGUAUAUAUUACACAUAUAUUUUUAUACAAGAAAUUUAGCAAUUUGUAGAUAACUCUUUAAAACCUUUUCCAACCAUUUAAAAAUUACAACUUGUAUGUAGACCAUAAUUUUAUUUUACUUUUGACGAUUUAAACAUGACGCCAAUCACAUGAAAUAUCCUGUACAGUAAAUAAAAUAACAUAAAUUAUGUGGUACUUUGCGUUGAAAUUGUUUAAAUAUACAUUACAAUAAAUAAGUAAGAGAAAGUUGAA